AUGAAAUCUCGAACGAAUAGCUUAAGGGGAAGUCCGGAAACUACAGCAAGUAGUUCAGCAGAAUAUAGCGAGAGCAAUGAUAACAGCGAUCGACAUUCAACAACACCAUCAGUGGAGAUGCAGUUAGGAGACAGGAAAAGUUUUAGAAAAAAAGAAAAAGAAAUGAAACGAAGAGAAUCCGAGCAUUCUGAUGACAGCAAUUUACCUGUGAAAUUUCGUCGGAAAAAUGACGGGUAUUUUAAAAGGUUGGUAUAUUUCCUUUCAUGAUUUCUAUAAACUACUUUUGUUUCCUUUUCGGAUAUGACCUUUGCACACUUCAUUUUUCCAUUGAUAAAUCCUC